CCGGCAUUUAGCAUUUUACUUUAACCCAAGUCAAGCAGCCUGAAAAGUUGGUUAGAGCCGUCAAUCCAGAAAAGUAAGUGGGAUCGUUCGCAUCAUGUGGUGUUCAAGUGCUAUUUUAUUGCUGGCGACAGUCGGCUUUAUUAAUGCCAACGUAUACCUGGAGGAGAACUUCGACAAUGCUAACUGGGACGACGCGUGGAUUCAGAGCAAACAUCCUGGCAAGGAGUUCGGAAAGUUCGUCCUCACCCCCGGUACCUUCUACAACGACGCGGAGACCGAUAAGGGCAUCCAGACCUCCCAGGACGCCCGCUUCUACGCCGUUUCCCGCAAGUUCGAAGGGUUCUCAAACGAGGACAAACCCCUCGUGGUGCAGUUCUCCGUGAAGCAUGAGCAGAACAUCGACUGCGGCGGUGGCUAUGUCAAGCUCUUCGACUGCUCUCUGGACCAGACAGACAUGCACGGCGAGUCGCCGUACGAGAUCAUGUUCGGCCCCGACAUCUGCGGACCUGGUACCAAGAAGGUCCACGUCAUAUUCAGCUACAAGGGCAAGAACCACUUGAUUAGCAAAGACAUCCGCUGCAAAGAUGACGUGUACACUCAUUUCUACACGCUGAUUGUGCGUCCGGACAACACAUACGAGGUGCUCAUCGACAACGAGAAGGUGGAAUCGGGCAACUUGGAGGACGACUGGGACUUCCUUGCCCCCAAGAAGAUCAAGGACCCCAAUGCCAAGAAGCCCGAGGACUGGGAUGAUAGGGCCACCAUUCCCGAUCCCGAUGACAAAAAGCCAGAGGAUUGGGAGAAGCCCGAGCACAUCCCCGACCCUGAUGCCACCAAGCCCGAAGAUUGGGACGAUGAGAUGGACGGCGAGUGGGAGCCACCGAUGAUUGACAAUCCCGAGUACAAGGGCGAGUGGCAGCCGAAACAGCUGGACAACCCCAACUAUAAGGGCGCCUGGGAGCAUCCCGAAAUCGCCAACCCCGAAUAUGUGCCCGACGACAAGCUGUACCUGCGCAAGGAAAUCUGCACCCUGGGCUUCGACCUGUGGCAGGUUAAGUCUGGCACCAUCUUCGACAAUGUCCUGAUUACUGACGACGUUGAGCUGGCGGCCAAGGCGGUGGCUGAUGUGAAGACCACUCAAGCCGGCGAGAAGAAGAUGAAGGAGGCUCAGGAUGAGGUGCAACGUAAGAAGGACGAGGAGGAGGCGAAAAAAUCAUCCGAUAAGGAUGACGAGGACGAAGACGAUGAUGAUGAGGAGAAGGAUGAAUCUAAGCAAGACAAAGAAAGCGACCACGACGAAUUGUAAGAGGCGUUUUAGAAAAAGUGCGUCAAAAAAUAUUCGGUAUUUUUUGUGAGUUAGUAGCUGCUUCGCUUUUGUAAGCCAACUGAAUCCACAAUUACAAUUUGUAAGACUUAUAAUUUAUAAACAUA